GGAAGUGAGGAACAUCAUAUUCUUUCACUUUGUUCUCACAGCACCCACAUCUGACACAGCUAUGGCAUCUGACACAGCUAUGGGUCUGACAGCAUUCACCUUGCUAGUGCUCUCUCUGCUCCACCAGUGUGUCCCUCACCCACUCAGCCCUCCGAAUAAUGGACUCCGUAAGUGCCGCACCAACUUGUCCAUUCCAGCCCUGGAGGUGCUCCCAGGCGGGGGAUGGGACAACCUGAGGAACAUGGACAUGGGACGAGUCAUGAACUUCAGCUUCUCCCAGUGCCAGACCACGGAGGACGGAUUCUACCUCAUCCCGGAUGAGGUUUUUGUCAUCCCACAGAAGCUCACUGGUGUGGAGACCAAUUCUGAGCUCAUCAACACUUGGCUGGAACAGCGCAGCUCCACGUCUUUCUCCAUCAACUCGGACGUGUCCUUCCUCUCCGUGCUCAAUGCUAAGUUCUCCACUGAGAACCAGCGGGUGAAGACUCACCAGGUCCAAGAGAGCUCUGUCACCGCUCGUGUUCAAGUACGGAACUUCCUGUACACUGUAAAGGCUCACCCUGACUUCACUCUGGAUGGCCGCUUUGCCCACCAGGCUGAGGAGAUCGCAGACGCAAUCGAAAACAACCAGACUCGACAGGCAGCGUAUUUAUCUGAGAAGAUGGUGUUUGACUACGGAACCCAUGUGAUAACCAGUGUUGAUGCAGGAGCCGCCUUAGUGCAAGAGGACUAUCUCCGUUCAUCUUACGUGUCCGACAGUGAGACGGCAAAGUUCUCUGUUUCGGCAUCGGCAGGUCUUAACUUCUUUGAUAAAGUCAAAUUUGACAUUGGCAGCAAGGACACACAAGAGACCUCAGAGUCACAUAGUUAUCAGGGCAACAUCACCUACUCCAUAAUACAGAGCCAUGGUGGGGCUCCCUUCUACCCGGGCAUCACUCUGCAGAAGUGGCAGGAGAGCAUCAAGAACAACCUGGUGGGCAUCGACCGGGCAGGACUGCCUCUACACUACUUCCUCAACCGGAUGACCUUCCCCGAUCUCCCUGAACCAACCAUCGGCAAACUGGCACUGUCUGUUAGUCAGGCUAUCCAGCGUUACUAUACCAUCAACACACACCCCGGCUGCGUCAAUCCAGACUCCAAGAACUUCAACUUCCAAGCCAAUAUGGACGACAGCUCCUGCGAGGGUCCGGCCACCAACCUCAGCUUCGGUGGGGUGUUUCAGCAGUGCACCAAGCUCACUGAGGAUGCAGACCCAAUCUGCCAGGCCCUGGCUCAGAAGAACCCAGACACAGGCUCUUACUCAUGUGGUCAGCCCUACAACGCCACCAAGUUACGCUCUGAGGUGAGAGAUGAGAGCUACAGCACGUACGAGUGCCACAAGCAUUGCCAUGGCUGCUGGCUGUUUUUCACCUGCUGCGACAACAUCUGUGGAGAUGCCUACUAUGUUCGCUCCGCUCGCAUCGACACCUACUGGUGCUCCACCAAUGAGGCAACCCCAGAGUACUCAGGAUACCUCUUUGGGGGACUCUAUGGCCCAUCCCUGCUGAACCCUCUGACCAAAACUAAGAGCUGCCCUCCAAACUUCAACAUUCAAAUGAAGCUUCUGUCCAACGGCCUCAUGAUCUGCCUGAGCAAUGACUAUGAGACGUCCACCAGGUUUUCGGUCCCCUUUGGGGGCCUGUUCAGUUGCCAGUCUAACAACCCCCUUGCACAGGAUCAACCCCGUUGCCCUCCCCAGUUCAGCCAGCACCUGGCUACUGUUAGUGAUGGCUGCCAGGUCCUCUACUGUGUCCAGUCUGGCUUGUUCACAGGUGGCCAGCUGCUGCCUGUCCGCUUGCCACCUUUCACUCGUCCUCCACUGAUCAGCAUGACUGCCACUAACACAGUGGCCGUGAUGACCGAUGGGGAUCGGGCAUGGGUCAGGGUGGGACAGACCAAGAUGUGGAAGCUGGCCAAGAUGACAGAGAUCCAGAGUAUGGUGCAGAUGUUCGAUCCAACCUCGGGACAGAUGACAGGGGGGCAGAAGUCUGGUGUGGCCUUUGGAGUAAUUUGCCUGGUUGCCUUGGUGGUGCUUGGGGCUGUGCUGCUGGUGAGAAGAAGGAGGGUCUCAAGGUUUGGUGGGGCGGGGGGGUAUGAGGAGAUCCACAGCGAGGGGCAGAGUGAGGGAGGUGUGGAGAGUCAAGAAGAGCAAGGCUCCGAGACAAUGACCCAGGCCCUGUUGCCAUGAGACCACAUUCCACACAGCUGACAUAUUAACAAGAAAACAGCUUUGAGAUAACUGUACUUUUUAAUCAACCUCUCAUGCUUGCUUUACACUUUCCCUUUACGAUCAAUAAUCUCAAAUACUGGCUAGGUAUAGGGUGAAGGUGUGAUUAAAAGAAACCAACUAAAUAAUCAACUAUUAUUAAUAAGGGGAAAAUGCACACAUUUACACCAACGUGUUGGCAGCUUCCUGCCUUCACCAGGGUUUACAAUACAAUACAAUACAAUAAUGUUAAUGAAUGUAUGGCGAAAAGGGUGACAAAAAUCUAUUGACCUAUUACUUAUGUUUUUAGUUGAAUUUGUUAGUCUUUUUAUACGGUUAUGCUUUCCGUUGACAAUGUUUUAUAGAAAUCUACUAUGAUUCAAUAGCAUUAUUGUUUUCUGUUAUAACAUUUUAAUUAGCUUUUGUAUGUUUUGGACAUGAAAAUAAAACAACUAACACAAUAUGAA